AUGCGGGCCUUUACCAAGGCAGCAGCUUUGCUGCUUGUACACUCUGUCGCUGGCGAGUCCAUGCCAGGCCCCGUCCGCAGAGUCUCUGCAACGGAAACCAUUCCUACUGCAUACAUCACGUUGAACGUGCCGGUGGAUGGUACCGAAACGCAACUUGUUCCCCUUCGUCUUGAUCUUGCCGAAGGCGAGGAGCCCUGCUCGCCGGCCCAAGUCCGCGUCAACGGCCAGCCUCUGGCGCAGGACGCCGAUGGCUUCGGCCAAGGGGUCUUGACCCUGGACCACGACAUCACCAUCACCUCCAACUGGACCUUUGCCUGCCAGUCGCUCAAGCAGGCCCUCACCGUCAACGUCCACUCAGUCAACGGCAACCCCGCCGUCGACCCGACAUUCUUUAUCGCUCACUUCUACCAGACGACGCCCGUGCAGAUUGCCACGGUCGAGAACGUCGCCGACGUCCGCUACCUGCACCUCCACACCACUGUCACUGAGUCCCUGGCCGACAGCGGCGAGGAGCACGCGGACGUGACGAAUGGGGAGGCGUCGGAAUACUACGAUGAGUAUCCCGUUCCCGUCCCUGUCCUCGGCGAGGGCAACGGCGGCGUCGAUGAAGAGGUCGCCCAGCUAAAGGAGCUCCGUCGCCAGGCCCGCGAGCUGGUGGCCAUGAUCCGCGACCAGGAGGACGCCAUCAUGGACAAGCUCGAGUACAACGUGCAGGAGAAGCUCGCCGCAGAGCCGGCGCCCACGCCGCUCGGCGAGUGCCGCGACGUGCGCUGCGCGUUCAAGGCUCUGGUGUACCGUUUCCGACACAGUCACGAGGAAGUGUGCGAGAGCGGCAGCGGCUGGCGCGCCCUGUUUGGCUGCGCCCCUGAGGAGCAACCGUGGAUGGAGAACGAGGACAUGUACGAUGAGGAGUACGAUGCGGAGAUGGAUUGGAGUCCAGAGGAUAUGGAAGACUACGAUGAGGGAAUGGACUUCGUAGACGACAUGGAAUGGCUGGACAUCACCAACGAGGAUUGGGACUCUGAAGAGGCCUUUUACACCAACUACGAGGAGGACAUGCUGGCGAUGUACUACGAAUCUGCUCGCAAACGCAUGCUGAUGCUGGUUGCCGAAACGGCCGUCAUCGUUGGCGCCGCCGUCUUCUGCAUCACAUCUCUCAUCCGGCGCCUCACCACCGGCCGCGGUCGCUGCCUCCGCCCGCGCACCUCCAACGAGCUUCCCCUGUACCAGGACGCACGGUACUUUGACGAGCCCAAGACGCUGCUCUCUUUUGACGACAAGUCGACGGCCACCGCCAGCGGCUAUCCCGACGACGAAAAGGCGAUUCUGCUGGCCGCGGAGCAGCAGGCAGCCAAGAAGACGUCGGUGGCCGAGGAGAUUGCCGAGCUACGCAAGGCGGCGUCGGUCGUGAGCGAUCUGGUGGCGGUUGAGGCGGCGGAGCGCAGGAGCAGCGUCGACUAUGACGACGAGGCGCCGCCUGCGUAUGAGCACGGCAAUGAGAGGGAGCAUUCGCUGUAA